AUGCUCUGCCGCCCCUCGCUCGUGGGCGUGCCCCCAUCAUUUUUCAGUAACUCGAGCCGAGUGAGGUUCAUCACGGCCACGAGCACUAUCGGACGUCCCUCAAGAACUUACUUCGCCGGAACUUCAUGGUCAUUCGUAGUCCCACCUGCGGCGAGAGAGCGAGUACUGGGGCCGCGCACUGUCUCGUUUCGACAGCUGCGUCACGCCGCUCUUUCGGCGCAGGCCGCUGAUGUUGAUUCAUCCAACGAGCACUCGCAGCGCACGUCCACCGUCAUAGUUGGUCCGCUAGCCUCGGAUUUCGACGAAGCUCACCUCACAACCUCAUUUGCGACUUGUGGGGCGAUCCUCCGUGCUCAUAUCAACUGGCGUUACACCGAAGGCGAACUACUUGGUUACGGUUACGUGAAAUUUGAAGACCUUCAAUCAGUAGAGAGAGCGCUGGAGCUCGAUCAGUCGAUUGUUGGAGGACAGACGGUUCACGUUCGUGCGCUUGUUGUCGAGAUGAACGUCCUUGCAAUCAAGGGUCUUACACGGGCUGUCGAUGAAGCUCAUCUGCGAUCCUUGUUUGAGAAGCAUGGCGAUGUCACCUACGUCCGCAUCCGCAAGACGCCACCGUAUAAAGGACAGCGCGAGAAUAUCGCAUUCAUCCGAUUUUCGUCGCGACCAUCAGCACGCAGGGCUUUCCAAGCUCUUGACCGAACGACAAUUGACGGGGCGACCAUCUCCAUCAGUCGUUAUACGUCAGGGCAGAAGCACACCAUCUAUCUUGCUGCAAAGGGAGAGCCGCCUCUCACCAGGAUACGUGUUGAAGGCCUUCCCCCGCAAGUGCACGACGAUCGGCUCAAAAAAGAAUUCACACAAUUCGGAGAUAUCGACUUCGUACGCGUCUUGAGACCCUUCUCUGCGGACAGCGCAUUUGGUACAGGCAACUCGACUGGUCAGGGCUAUGUUCACUUUACCUCCACCGAAAGUGUUGACAAGGUGUUGGAGCUCAACGGUCGUCUCACCAUUGACGGACAAUCUAUCCGCAUCGAACGAGCUCCCGCGUUCGUGCCCGCUCACGAACCAAAUCUCCGAGUUCGCCCCGGACAGUAUCACCCGAACAGAGCUUGGGUCAGCGGACUCACACGCGACGUGAAUAACGCCCAACUCAGCAAGGAGUUCGAACGAUUUGGCCGAGUCUCUAGGGCUCUCGUACACAGGGAUCGUGCGUCAAACGACUCGCGUCGAUUUGGAUUCGUCACUUUUGAUUCGCCCGAGGCGUUGGAGGCGGCCUUGGAACAAGACGGCGAAAUGAAGAUCGAUGGGUUUACGAUCAAGAUUCGGAGAGCCGCCAUGCGCCAUAAACCCCCCAAUACUUCUCUCUACGAGCCUGGUCGGGCCUAA